GUAAAUGUUAUGUUUGUUUGUUUGUUUUUAUACAUUUUUGUCUGCAAGUGAUUAUUAGUGAAUGCAAUAUUUCCGGAAUCUGAACCUUUUAUUCGAGAAAUAGCCUUGAUUUGCAUUUGACAAACCGGGGCAAUUAGGAGGACUACGAAAGGAUUAAGUGCACAUUCUUAAAUGUACUAUUGUUUAUUGAUGUAAAACAAAGAUGAUCGCUAAAUCUGCCUUUGUUCAAAGUGAGACAUUUUAUUUGGAAUAUAUUUGAAGGUAUCAAUGUUUUGUAUGGUUGAAUUUGAUGACAUUGUUCGUUCUAGGGAUGAAUCAGACCUCUUCCAACAUCACGCUGGGGGCCUCACAGAGGGACUCCUUCUCCAAAGCUGUGACCAAGAACGUCAUUGUGGUGGCUCUGGGAGUCACUGUCAUUUACCUCAAUGCCAGCCUUAUCCACACCUUCCACAAACAGCAGAUCUUCAACACCAAUCCCCGCUACAUCCUCUUCAUCCACAUGGUCAUCAAUGACACAGUCCAGCUGACCCUCACCAUCCUCCUCUUCCUUAUCGGCUACACCCUCUACCACAUCAACGUCUGCCUGUGCAGCUUCAUCAUCCUGCUGGCUCUGUUCACCACUGAAAACACACCGCUCAACCUCUCCUGCAUGGCCCUAGAGUGCUACGUGGCAGUGUGUCGCCCGCUACACCACGCCCGCAUCUGCACCGUGCGGAGAACCUACCUCUUCAUCGGUCUGAUCUGGGCCAUCAGUAUGCUCUCCAUCCUCCCGGACCUGUUUGUCGCCCUGGCUACCGAGCCCGUGGCGUUCUUUAUCACAGAUGUCUUCUGUCUGAGGGAGACGGUGUUCCGUAGCCCUCACAUCAUCCUCAAGAGGGACGCCUGGUACGUGUUGCUGCUGGUCGUCAUUUGGCUGACCCUGCUCUACACGUAUUUCCGCAUCCUGUUCACCGCCCGAGCCGCCAGCGCGGACGCAAAGAAGGCCCGAAACACCAUCCUGCUCCACGGCUUCCAGCUGCUGCUGUGCAUGUUGAUAUACGUGGACCCGUUAUUGAAAACGCUUCUGAACUACUGGUUCCCCAAUAGUUUGACGGACUCCUUGUUCGUGUGCUACAUCCUCAUCAACAUUUUGCCACGGUCCAUCAGCCCCAUUGUGUACGGCCUGCGAGACAAGACCUUCAGGAUGUACCUGAAGAAACACCUCUUGUGCAGAUUGACGUUGGUGACGGUGUAAUCGAAACCCUUAUAGACUAUCUACUGCGUCAAAUGUGGUGGUAUUCUGGACCCACAAGGGGCCAGGGCCCUGUGUGCACUACCCACUAGACGCAUGUUGGGGGUUUUAAAUUCAAUCGUUAUGAAUGAAAAAUGUUCAAUGGUUUUAUCCUUUUGUCAUGAAAUCAGUUAGGAAGUGGAUGAAAGUGAUACACUCUGCUAACCAGAGAGACAUUAAACCCAAGCUUGGUAGCACUGGUUGGUUUUAUUUACCUCAGUAAUAAAUUUUUCGAAAUGCAUUGAAAAAAUGCAUUUUAUUGAAAUAAAUGUAAUUUUCUUUCCAUUUAA